AUCAUCGACACAUACAGACCAUUUUUGGAUCAAUUCAAUUGAACUUUUUUUUGUAUAUUUUCAAUGUAACUGAAAAAAAAAUUCAGUGAAGAAUAAAGCCAAUUGCGAUUUAAUUUAAAAAAUAUAUAUAUUAAUAAGAGUAAUUGUAUUGUAAGAAGUUAAAGUGAAAUUGUGGUGCAAAAACUUUGAUCAAUGUGAACGCUUGUAUGUCAUAUAAUUGGCGCUUGGUAAACAUCCACUUGCAAAAAUAGUUGAUGUACUUUUGGAAUGCUGAAAACAUCGAAUCCAUUCAAUUAAAUUGAGGAAAAUCAACAAUUAAAAAAAAUUCAGUCAAUUUAUCGUGCAUAUUGUUCCAAUCGCUUGUGACUUGUUGAUUCGGCAUAUUUUUCGGAACGUUUUUUCGUUGUCGCAUUUCGCAAAUAGGUCUUUGAGUCAUUUUAAGCAGACAUUCGAAGCAAAACAAUGGACAUACCGAAAGUCGGAUCGCCAGAAUUCUUGGCCGAAUUAGAGUCGAUUCAAGCGAAGAAUCGAAAAGAUCACAACAAACUGACCCGACGUGAACGGGAAAUUUUGAUCCUUCACAAUCUUCAACGACAAGCAGAAGUCAACGCCGAAUUGGAACGUGAAAUCGCCAAACUGAAACUCAUUUAUGAGAUAACACCUGAGCAACGCGCACAAAAUCGUCAAAGCCAUCGUUUCCCUGAUCAUAUGCUUCCGAAUAAGGAUACACGGUCUGGCUAUUUGACUGCUGACUUUUUGACGUCCGUAUUGAAAAACGUUGGAAAUGUCAGUUACAUGAAUGCCGUCUUGUACGCAUUACGCUUUGUGCCACAACUCAUGCAUGGAUUGCAUCAUUUGUACAAAAAUGUACUGAUUCUCGGUGGCGAACGCGAUAAAUACAUCGGGCAUGGAUGUCAUGAAAAGUUGACACCAGAAUCAUGCGCCAAAUGGCAUGCAACCAACAAACUCGAAUCGAAUCGAGACAAAUGGUCAAAAGCAGAAACCGAUGAACUGGCUGAAGUUCUCAAAUUGAAGUCAAAUGAGGUCGAAUUGAUCAAAGCACUGCACUUCAUGUUUGCCGAAUUGCACCGAUACGAAGAUCACAAGUGCCGAGAUCCAUUCAAGCCAGAGAAACUGAAGGAUGCAAUUUCAACAGCAUUCAAGAUAGGAACGGAACAUGAUCCAUAUGCAUUCUUGAUGUUCAUGGUGAACGCCAUUCGAUCGGUGAACAAAGACAUCAUGAACUUAUUCACGUACAACCCGAACAUGGUUAAAAGCAUUCACGACGAUGUUUCAGCUGUAAUUUCAUUGCUCAACUUUGACUUUGUUCACGAGUUUUUCAUGGUGCAACGUGUCAAGAAGGAAAUUUGCAUGCAAUGCAAGGAUGAACGUGUACUACAAGAAGACGUGCUUGAUUUCAAAGUGAACGGACCAUUUUUGCAGAAGGAUUUUAUUCGGGAUUCAUGCAUGGCUGAAGUGAUAUUGACUGGUAUCAGCAAGGAUCAUUGUCACAAUUGUCAUCAAGUGGCUGAAGCAAAACAUUUGACGACAUACCCAGCAUUGCCACCGGUCAUGAUUGUACGAUUGGAAUGUUUUGACAACCAAAACAAAAAGAUUGAACGUGCCGUCGAUUUACCAUUCAAAAUCGACUGUUUCUGCAAUGAAUGCAUCGAUAAAAAGGCCAAUCACAAAUACCGUUUGGUUAGUUUCGUCAGUCAUACUGGUGAGACAGCGAAUUCAGGUCAAUACAUCGUCUAUGCUCGAUCAGCCGAAAAUGAUCUCAACCCACCACCAGCAUCGCCAUGUCAAUAUCAGAAGUGUUGUCAGUCUGUUACAAAAAAGUUCUUUCGUCCCGAGCCGGCCAUCAACCCAUGGUACAUUUUCAAUGGCAAAGAAGAAGUACGACGAUUCGCAAUGACAGAGAUCCAGCAGCAACUGAUCAAUGAUACGAAGAUUACACCAUACGUCUUGUUCUACGUACGGGAAGACUUCAUCCCUCGAUCGAAGUAAAACUUUUUGUUUAUUGUAUUCAAAUCAAACAGCUACAAGCAUGUUAAAUUUAUCGAAAGAUAGUCAAUAAGUAUCAACCAUUUUCAUUUAUUUUUAUUAUCACAAAAACAAAAACAAUUAUUGAAUACACACAACUCUGAAAGAGUUCAAGAAAUCGUCUCGAAAGACAAUUUUCAUAUCAUUGAAUAAAAACCGCAACUACUAUUGACCAUACUUGUUCUACGUAUGGAACGAAUUCAUCCCAGAAUCGAAGUCAGUCAAAUUAACAUCUUUUUAGUGGUUUAAUGAAUCAAACGACUGCAAAAAUUGACUCAAGAUAUGUCAAGAGACAAAUAUCAACAAUUUUCAUUUAGUUUAUUGCAAACAAAAAAAAAACAAGUUCAAAAAUCA